GGGUCAAACAGUGUUUCAUUAAUCAUGGUUAAAAAAAGCCGUCGCAGUGAUACUACAGUGGAUUAUUGGGUUUAGACUUCAAUCUCUCUCUCUCCCUCUCUCUCUCUGCAUCUUCGCUCAGAAUACAUACAGAUCGCUUUGCGUAUAUAUCAGAUCUCUGUUGUGUUUAGUGUUAUUUUUGAAGUGAAAUUUAAGGCUAUACAUUAUGAAUUAUAUUAUAGGAGCUUUUAAGCCAGCUUGUAACAUCUCGAUUGCAUUUACCGAUGGAAAAAAUCGCAAACAGGUUCCUAUGAAAAAGGAAAAUGGUCAAAUGGUUAUGGUCCCUCUUUUCCAAAGCCAAGAAAACAUUUCUGGAAAGAUAUCUAUAGAACCAGCUCUAGGGAAGAAGGUUGAACACAAUGGCAUAAAAAUUGAGCUCCUUGGCCAGAUAGAAAUGUACUUUGAUAAAGGAAACUUUUAUGACUUCACAUCACUUGUUCGUGAGCUGGAUGUUCCUGGUGAUAUAUAUGAAAAGAAAACAUACCCGUUCGAAUUUUCAACUGUUGAAAUGCCAUAUGAGACGUACAGUGGUGUGAAUGUGCGGCUUAGGUAUGUCUUAAAAGUGACUGUAAGUCGUGGUUAUGCUGGAAGUAUCGUGGAAUAUCAAGACUUUAUGGUUCGCAAUUACAGCCCGCCCCCGUCAAUAAACAAUAGUAUUAAGAUGGAAGUAGGAAUUGAAGAUUGCUUGCAUAUCGAGUUCGAGUACAAUAAAAGCAAGUACCAUCUUAAAGAUGUAAUUAUUGGCAAGAUAUAUUUCCUUCUUGUUAGAAUCAAGAUAAAAAAUAUGGAUCUCGAAAUCAGACGCAGAGAAUCAACAGGUUCAGGGGCUAACACCCAUGUUGAAACAGAGACGCUAGCCAAGUUUGAGUUGAUGGAUGGUGCUCCAGUUAGAGGUGAAUCCAUCCCAAUCAGACUGUUCUUGAGCCCAUAUGAACUCACUCCAACUCACCGCAAUAUAAAUAACAAAUUUAGCGUGAAGUAUUAUUUGAACCUUGUCCUAGUUGAUGAGGAGGAUCGGCGGUAUUUUAAGCAGCAGGAAAUCACAAUAUACCGCCUUGCAGAAACUACUUGAUUGCCUGCAGGAUGUAGUUCUCUAAAUUUAAAUUAUAUUCGGCUUUGUCCAGAGUGACGAUCUUUGAGUAUUGACAAGGGCUGCAGUGGUGCUGUGUUUAAUGGUUAUAGGUCACUGCUGCAGUUGUAUAUAUAUGAGUGAUAUAGUUGGACUAUGCUGAAUGAAAUAUGGCAUGUGAUUCAACUAUCUUCACUUAUUGUCUUUUUAGCUGAUGAUGAAUAUUGGACAAAGCAUCAAAUAACUUGCCCUUUUCGUAUGGGCCUUUUACAUUUCCAUGGAUGUUAGCGAUUACAACACUAUGCUGAUCUAGUGCUUGUUGUGUGGAUGUUUUUAUGUGUGCCCACUUGGGUUAAAGUUGUUCAUUUAGUUGUUUAUUGGCAGCCUAAACAGUAGGCCCCUGUAAUAUUUUUUUUAAGAAUACUCCAGUUUUUGAA